GUUGUUCUCUCUCUCUCUCUCUCUCACACACACACACACACACACACACACAGGAGAGAGACGAAAGAGCGAGUGCAUUCAAGUUUAAUCAUUCAUCAUCCGCAACCGUAGCGUCACAUUUCUCAUGCUUCACUGAUGUGCCUCCAAAAGAAAAACCUUUACCAUCUUAAGAGAUAAUAGCUACAUUUAGCCUACUUAUUUAGCAGACGCUCAUCCAAAGUCACUUACUUACAUUUGAGGAAUAACAUAGGCCUACUUAAGCAUCAGUAAAGUAAGAGAUCUCGAUAAUAGGAAACAGCUUUUUAUUCGCAUAGGGUAGGCUAUGUAAUAAUGGAUCCACGUGAUGAAAGAAUAGAAAGGUUGAAUAUAGUGUUUAGGACAUCGCAUAAAAUUACUAUCAGCAUCAGAACUCAUUAGGCUUAAACAAACUUAACUUUUGAUAAAACCCAAUAGGCAAAGCCUAAUCAAAUAAGCAUUUUGGUCAUAGCCAAGUUGUCUCAACAAUACGCAAUUUCAAGUUUUGGGACCCCUAAAGUGGAUAAGGCCCAGUGUUCUGGGAUUUUAUAUAGCCUAUCGGUUGGGUUCCCCUGUAGGCCUAUGCCUGCUCCCUGUAAAUCUGCUCUAAAUACAACAUAAAUACUGUAAUUCUAUAGGCCUAUCGGAUGAUAUAGCCCAAUACAAUUUAAUGGUAGCCUAUUAAGUAGCAACAUGGGGAAAAGUUUCUCCGAACAUUCAUGUUAUUGAAUUUUCGUUGGGGGGCUGCCUGCCCAUUAGCCCACGCAAAUAGGAGUUUCAUUGAUCCGCAUCGUUUUUCCUUUCCCGGUUCUCACUCUCGUCCCACGGCAGGGCGAUGAGGCUGACUGAACACCGUCUCCUCGGCUGAUGAAAGAAGCUGCUGAUGAUAGACGCACUGUCUUCAGCUGCCUACCUACAACCAGAGACCUAACAUGAAUUUGACAUUUCUCGCUGUUACAGCCGCGCUUUUGGCUGCGAAUAGCGGCUUCUGUGAUUCCAGCAGCGUCCCUUUAUUCAUCCUGCCGUUCACUGACUGCGUCCAGAGCCGUGGGAAAGACGGCUUCUACCGGGGAGCGAUAGACGUCACCGAGUCCGGGACCCGUUGCAUGAACUGGACCGAAGUGGCCGGCUUUAAGGAGCGCUACCCGGGGAAAGGGAUAGGAGAGCACAAUCACUGCCGCAACCCGGAUGGCAGGAUCCGACCUUGGUGCUUUUUCAGGAACCACAGAGGCAGAGCGGACUGGGGGUACUGCGACUGUAAACAAGGCUCUGUGCGUCUGCAAGGAGGCCGCUCCAAGCUAGACGGCAGGGUGGAAGUCUAUCUAAGAGGAGUGUGGGGGUCUGUCUGUAGCGAUGACUGGGGGGACCAAGACGCCGCAGUAGUUUGCAGACAGCUGGGCAAGGGGGUCUCAGGUCAUGCACGUGCAGUUCCCCUUUUUCGUCCAAGCAUGGCCAAGCUCCAUUGGAGGGCCGUCCAUUGCCAGGGAGAAGAGCCAGACCUGCUUCAGUGUCCUAAGACUACUUGGAAUGGAGGGGAGUGUUCUUUGGCUGCAGCCAUCACCUGCACCCAGCAGCAAGAGGUAGCCACGCUACCUGUCCGGCUGGUGGGAGGUCGAUCGGGGUCAGAGGGCACAGUCGAGGUUUUCCAUGCAGGGCAGUGGGGUUCCAUAUGUGACGACCAAUGGGACAACAGUGAUGCAGAGGUGGUGUGUCGACAACUGGGGCUGAGUGGUGUGGCGAGGGCGUGGGGCCAGGCACAUUUUGGCAAGGGUUCAGGCCGUGUGUGGCUGGAUGAGGUGCGUUGCACAGGCAACGAGCUCACUCUGGAGCAGUGUCCAAAAAGUGCCUGGGGUGAACACAACUGUCUGCACUCUGAGGAUGCAGGAGUGUCCUGCAUCCCUCUAACAGAUGGUACUGUUAGGUUGGUAGGUGGUGCAGGCAGCAAUGAGGGACGUUUAGAAGUUUUCUACCGUGGUCAGUGGGGGACAGUGUGUGAUGACGGCUGGACAGACUCUAACACGCAAGUGGUGUGCCGACAACUUGGUUACAGAUUAGGUGAGACUCUCCUUUCUGAGGGACUAGACAUUACCCCAGUCCCACGCUUCGGGGUGGGGUCCGGUCCCAUUCUUUUGGAUGAUGUGAGCUGCACAGGGAAAGAGCCUAGCCUAUUCCUGUGCAACAGGAGGGAGUGGCUCCAUCAUGACUGCACACACCAUGAAGAUGUUAACAUCGCAUGCAGCCCCGAGCACAAUGGAGAGAGUAUUUCAACUAGAGUGCCAGUAAGGCUUGUGGGAGGAGAGAGCCCGAGGGAAGGCCGGGUGGAGCUCUAUCUUUCUGGACAAUGGGGGACGGUUUGUGAUGAUGGAUGGACUGAUCGUGACGCUGAGGUGGUGUGUCGACAGUUGGGAUACAGUGGCGUGGCGAAGGCCCGUGUGAUGGCAUACUUCGGAGAAGGGACAGGGCCCAUCCACGUGGACAAUGUGAAGUGCAGUGGUGAGGAGCGUUCAUUGGUAGACUGCAUCAAACAGGCACCCGGCACACACAACUGUCGCCAUAGUGAGGACGCUGGGGUCAUCUGUGACUAUGGUGAAUCACAGCCCAGCUACAAUGAGGUCAAAGACCCUGUCAACUCAGUUUGUGGUCUGCGGCUUAAACACACUCGCCAGCGCCGAAUCAUAGGAGGAGAAAACUCUCUGAGGGGUGGCUGGCCAUGGCAGGCUGCGAUUCGUUUGCGAGGAUCCCGAGGAGAUGGAAGGUUGGUGUGUGGAGCGACUCUUAUUGACACUUGCUGGGUCCUCACCUCGGCACACUGCUUCAAGAGGUAUGGAAACAGCACCAAGCAGUACAAAAUUAGAGUGGGCGACUACCACUCCCUCGUCCCUGAGGAGUAUGAAGAGGAGUACGGCGUUGAUCAGGUUGUCCUCCACCCAGGCUAUCACUCCCAUACCAAUGAUUACGACCUGGCCUUGGUUCGUCUGUCACCUGGGGCAGUGGGCCAGAUGCCGGGAGAGUGUGUGUCAUUCAACCGUCAUGUUCUUCCCGCUUGUCUGCCCAUGAGGAAAGAGAGAGUGCUCAAACAAGCCAGCAACUGUCACAUUACCGGCUGGGGUGACACAGGCCGCUCAUACUCCAAGACCCUGCAGCAGGCACCCCUCUCCUUACUUCCCCGUCGUCACUGCCAACAGCAUUUCCACAGUGCCUUCACGACCCGCAUGCUCUGCGCCGGCAGCGGCCAGUCGGAGAGGCGCGUGGACAGUUGUCGCGGUGACAGUGGAGGUCCGUUGGUGUGUGAGCGUCCGGGAGGAGGCUGGGUGGUUUACGGGGUCACAUCCUGGGGCCAUGCCUGCCGGACAGAACAGUCCCCUGGCGUCUACACCAAAGUCUCUGCCUUCAGUUCCUGGAUACGCAAGAUAAUUGGACGUGAUGACAGAAAAGAGACAAGGCGAUGAAAGGUGAAUGAGGAACUGAAACAACUGACGUCUCACUCAGAAAGAAUGACUUAGUCAGAUGACAACUGAUUCAACAACGUUUUUCAGUCUUGAAUAACUGAUCUCAUGAUGCUAUGACCAGAUUAUCCAGUGUUGUAAGUUAUAGCCUGACUUUAAAAUGGAGAAGACAAGGAAACCUUUGAUAAUUUUAUGAGAGAUGAAAGCGUGACAUUUCUCUCAUCUAAGUCAUCAGCACUUAUUUUUAAUGAUUUAAUAUUCUCAUGGGCUGCACAAUUCCUUCAACUCUCAACUCAAGAAAAUGCCAUGACUUAAAUAUCCUUUUGUUGUCUCUUGUGACAUUUCAUACUACACUAAAAUGUAUUAUUUUCUUUUGAAAUAAUGUUCUCAAUGCUUGCUUUUGUUAUAUUGUAAUUUAUGAUAUGAAAUAUGUUAUUAACCAUGUUGAAAAGGGACCACAGUGUAAAAACAAAUAUAUAGAACGCAUGCAUGCACUCUUGCAUUCACAGUGAUGGUAUGGAAUGAAUUUGCAGACUUGCACUAAGAACCCCUUUUAGGUACUUAAUGCAUUAAAUUCAGUGCUUUCGUGUUAAGCAUUUUAGUCAUAUUGACAUUGUCCAACGUGAAAUUUGUCUGUCAACCUCAUUUCAUUCUUCUUUAUGUAAUGUUUCUCAAUUGUGUUCUUUGUUUUAAAGUGUAAAAAAACAAUUUCAGGUCUUAGUAAUUACUCAGGCAUUUAUAAUUUAUAUACAAUCAAUAUUUGUCCUUAUUUCAGAAGGCUAUAGCUCAAUAUGUGAAGAGAAAUGAAGUGACUAGAGUGUUUCUGAAUCACAAGUACACAACCACAUUUCUAAGUCUUGAUUUGUCAUAUUGACACAGUUCAUUCAUGUUCUUUUGUUCUGGUGGGAUAGUUUAGUGUUGUUGAGGUGACAAUCUGCUACACUUGAAAAAAAACCACUACACUGCCUUGUUAUUUGGUGUUUACUGACUAUGGAUUAUGUUUUAAUGUACUCUAACAUUUCUUCAUAAAUGUAGAUUUUAUAAAAAAAAAAAAAAAGUCUAAGUUUGUUGUUUGUUUACUUAAAUAUGUGAUUAAUAAUGGCCUGUUUAUGUAAAAACAUUUUGGUGUUACUACAUAUGUUUUUGUAGGUAUAGGUAAGUGGUUCUUGCACUUUGUAUUACACGUUCCGUCGUUCUCACACAUCUGAAAUGUGAAGGUGCAGUUGGAACAAAAGAGAUCUUUCAGUUUUGUUUCUGACUGCAAACUGUCAAAGUGAGCACCACUAUGUCAGACAAUAUGUAAGCACAUACACCCAUGCCCAGCGUUACAGGAAUGGAAACCAUUUUCUGAGCCGUCCUGAUUUAAAAGGCAAACAUGUCAUGUUGACUAGACACACAUUUGAGAACUGGGACCAACUGUUACAGUAAGAAGCUGCAUGAAAUCUUGGCAACAUAAAUAAAAAAUAUUCUUAUAUUUUUUGUAAAAUAUAUAGUUUA